AUGGAUGGUUUUCGUGUAGCUGGUGCGUUAGUAGUUGGUGCGUUAACCGCUGCAUAUUUAUAUUUUGGCGGAAGGUUUUCGAUAGCGCUGGUCAUUAUAGUAGGUUAUGGUAUUUAUUGCAAUGAAGCCAGCGGUGGUAGUCAAGAUAGUCAAGAGAAGCUCGAUUUGAACAAACAACAGAAAAAGCCAUGUUGCAGUGAUAAGAAGAUUGCGGAUGGAGGAAAAAAAACUGGCGGAUGUUGUUCUGAUAAGAAGAACGGUGGUGGUAAAGGUGGAGGAUGCUGUUCCUCAAAAGGUGGAAAGAAAGGGGGGUGUUGUUCAUCUAAAGGUGGAAAGAAAGGAGGAUGUUGUUCCUCUAAAAAGAAUAUUGGUGACAAUGAAAAUACUGCCACUGAAGUUGAGAAAGCCGUAAAUUACCCUGUUACUGUGGAUUUUACAGAAGUUUUUAGGAAGCCCACUAAGAAAAGGUCGAGUACCCCCAAGGUUUUUUCGAAAAAUAGCUCGUCUAACUCUAGAGUAGGUAAAAAAUUAAGUGUUUCAAAGAAGAUAGGUCCAGAUGGAUUGAUCAAGAGCGCGUUGACUAUUUCGAAUGAAACGCUUUUGAGUUCACAGAUCUAUGUGUUAUAUAGUUCCCUGCAAGGUGCAGCUUCGAAAGCUGCAAAGAGCGUUUACGACAAACUAAAGGAAUUGGAUGAAUUGACUAAUGAGCCAAAACUUUUGAACCUUGACGAUCUAUCCGAUUUCGAUGACUAUUUUAUAAAUGUUCCCGUUGAAAAUGCAUUGUAUGUGCUUGUUUUACCGUCUUAUGAUAUCGAUUGCCCUCUAGAUUAUUUCUUACAAACUCUUGAAGAGAAUGCGAAUGAUUUUAGAGUAGAUAGUUUCCCAUUACGAAAAUUGGUUGGCUACACAGUUUUGGGGCUUGGUGAUUCAGAAUCAUGGCCUGAAAAGUUUUGUUAUCAAGCCAAAAGGGCCGAUCACUGGAUUUCUCGUUUAGGUGGCAGGAGAAUUUUCCCCUUAGGCAAAGUUUGUAUGAAAACAGGAGGUAGUGCCAAAAUCGAUGAGUGGACAUCAUUGUUAGCAGAGACUUUGAAAGAUGAUGAACCAAUUAUUUAUGAGUAUGAUGAAAACGCAGACUCUGAGGAAGAUGAAGAAGAAGGUAAUGGUAGUGAUGAAUUAGGCGAUGUAGAAGAUAUUGGUGGUAAGGGUAGUAAUGGAAAGUUUUCAGGCGCAGAUGAAAUCAAACAAAUGGUGGCGAAAGACAGUCCAACGUACAAGAACUUGACAAAGCAAGGUUACAAAGUUAUUGGUUCCCAUUCAGGCGUUAAGAUCUGCCGAUGGACUAAGAAUGAACUACGUGGUAAAGGGUCUUGUUAUAAAAAAUCGCUCUUCAAUAUCGCGUCCAGUAGAUGCAUGGAAUUGACUCCUUCUUUGGCAUGUUCAUCCAAAUGCGUUUUCUGUUGGAGGCAUGGUACAAAUCCCGUGUCAAAAAACUGGAGAUGGGAAGUAGAUGAACCAGAAUACAUUCUAGAAAAUGCUCUGAAGGGACACUAUUCCAUGAUCAAACAGAUGAGAGGUGUGCCCGGUGUUAUUGCAGAAAGAUUUGCGAAAGCGUUUGAAGUUCGUCAUUGUGCCUUGUCUCUUGUCGGCGAGCCUAUUCUUUAUCCUCAUAUCAAUAAAUUUAUCCAAUUAUUACACCAAAAGGGCAUAACUAGUUUCCUUGUGUGCAAUGCCCAACAUCCAGAGGCCUUGAGAAAUAUUGUUAAAGUAACACAAUUAUAUGUUUCUAUUGACGCACCCACCAAGACAGAGCUGAAAAAAGUGGAUAGACCUUUGUACAAAGAUUUCUGGGAGAGAAUGGUAGAAUGCUUAGAGAUUUUGAAAACUGUACAAAACCAUCAAAGGACAGUUUUCAGGUUAACUUUAGUGAAAGGUUUCAAUAUGGGUGAUGUCAGUGCAUAUGCAGAUCUGGUCCAACGUGGUUUACCAGGUUUCAUUGAAGUUAAAGGCGCCACGUUUAGUGGCUCAUCUGAUGGGAAUGGUAAUCCUUUGACAAUGCAGAAUAUUCCAUUUUACGAGGAAUGUGUAAAAUUUGUGAAGGCGUUUACCACGGAAUUACAAAGACGUGGAUUACAUUACGACUUGGCUGCCGAACAUGCGCAUUCCAACUGUUUAUUAAUUGCAGACACGAAAUUCAAAAUUAAUGGAGAAUGGCAUACACAUAUCGAUUUUGAUAAAUUUUUCGUAUUGCUAAACUCGGGCAAAGACUUCACGUACAUGGACUAUUUAGAAAAGACACCCGAAUGGGCAUUGUUUGGCAAUGGUGGGUUUGCACCAGGGAAUACAAGAGUGUACAGAAAAGAUAAGAAAAAGCAGAAUAAGGAAAAUCAAGAAACUACAACGAGAGAGACGCCUCUCCCUCCUAUUCCUGCUUAA